AGAUCAACAGGGUGACGUUAUAUUGGGGAAAAAGGUACUCCGGGUGACUGGCUAGACGCCUGUGUCUGUGGCCCCGUCUGCCCCGCCCCCUGAACACACCUCUGCUGGCUGAGGGUGACACAACCCUGUUCCCUGUCACUCUGUUCCCGCUUAUCUCUCCCGCCUUUUAGGCGCCACCACCUUCUUGGAAAUGAGUUAGGGCAAAGGGGUGGGGGCUCGGACCACCUCCUCCAGCAGGCCCCAUAAAAGCCACUGUAACUGCACCCCAGUCACCACGGCAAGUCCUGGACCCAAGAGCAGGUCAGACAGACAGACAGCACAAUGGCACUGAACACCCAGAUCCGGGCUGCCUGCCUCCUGCUCCUCCUCCUCGCCAGCCUGGCCACUGCCUCCAGCCUCCAGCAACAGACAGGGCAACUCACGAGGCAGCCCGCAGAGCGCCACCCCCAGUACACAGCUGUGACCGAAGCCCACUUGACGCCGGUGAGCCAGAGGCUAAGGAGGCGAGACACCCACAUUCCCAUCUGCAUUUUCUGCUGCAAAUGCUGUACAAAUUCCGGGUGUGGAAUUUGCUGCAAGACCUAGAGUCUUCCUGUCCUGAGCCCCUGGGCCUCCCUCCCUCCCUUAUUUAUUCCUGUUGCCCUCCAACCAUCGUCUUGGAAUAAAAUGCCUGGUUCUUGUAUUUUUCAAA